AUGGACCGAAGCCUCGACGAGAUUCUCGAGGAGCGCCAGAGCACCCGUGGUGGCCGCCGCGGAGGACGUGGCCGUUCUGAUCGCGAUGGUGGCCGUGGACCCAGACGAGACUACGCCGAACGUGAGCGCGAAUAUCCCAGAGACGGCGUCAAAAAGUCAUUUCCCAGAGAGGACGCCAGAAACAUUGACCGCGACUGGGUCCACGACAAGUUCGAAGACGAUGACUCUCGCCGUCCUGCUAGAGGCCCGCGCAACGAUCGCUAUGACAGAGAGCCUGCAAGAGAUGCCUCCGGCUCUACCACCAUCCGCGUCGAGAACAUUCACUACGAUAUCCAGGAGCCAGACUUGAAAGAGCUGUUUGAGGGCAUCGGCCCCGUCGAGUCUCUACGCCUUCUCUACGACCGCCACGACCGCUCUCAAGGUGUCGCCUACGUCGUCUAUCCCAGCUCAAACCUCGCCAACCGCGCGUUCCGCCAGUUCAACGGCCAGAACGCCAUGGGCCAACCUAUUUACCUCUCCAUUCAAGAAGCCCGCCCCUCUCGCAAUCCUUUCGACAAUGUCGAAGAGCCCAAGCGCAGCUUGUUCGAUCGCAUCGAUAACCGUCGCAGUGCUAGUCCCAAUGCGCGCAACGUCGAUCGCUACCUUCCCCCUGGCGGUAGAGGCCCCCGCAACUCACGCAGUCCCCCUCGUCGUGGUGGUCGUGGUGAUCGCGGCGCUCCUCGUGAGACUGGACGCCGUCCUGGAGCUCGUCGCGAAAACACUGAUCGUCGUGAGGGUGGCCGCGAACGUGGUGACAGACGUGGACCCGGGCCCAAGAAAGAGAACGACGGAAGACCUGUUGUGCAAGGGCGCCCAAGAAAGACUGCCGAAGAGCUUGACGCUGAGAUGGACGACUACUGGGGUGGUGGCUCGGCUGCCAACGAAGGCAGUGCCGUUGCUUCUGGUCAAAACGAGCCCGGCCGUGAGCCUCAGGUUGCCACUAUUGCUGGAGGACAGAACAACAACAUGGGUACCACGUCGACAGCUCCGGACGACGACAUUGACCUUAUGGUCGAGUAA